AUGGCUGAUAAUCAGGACACAGUGGCUAUAUGGACAGUUCCUCUGCAGAAUAAAGUGUACAAAAUAGAAUUCGAACAUGGUACAACAACAGGCAAACGUGUCAUACGGGUCGAUGGGCAGGAAGUGUUACGAAAAGACUGGAUGUUCAAAUUGGUCGGAAAGGAGCAAUUCUCAAUCGGUCAAAUCAAAUGCGUUAUCAGUGUUGAAGCAUUGGGUACGUUUGCGUAUGAAUACAGUCUGGAGGUGAACGGGAAAACAUAUGAGAAGUUCCGUGAAGAACAAAGUAAAUUGCUGCAAACAUGGAACGUCAAUAUCGGUGGAGAAGAUAUGCGAAUUUGCCUUGAGAAGGGCACAAUGGACAUUUGGGUGAAUGGACAAAAGAUGGAUACUGCGGGUGAAUUCGUGGAGGAUGGAACAGAGACGCAUUUCGAGAUCGGGAACAGCUCUUGUUACGUGAAGGCAUCGAGCAGUGGCAAGAAGAAAGUUGGUGUGAUACAUCGUCUUUACGUCAACGGCAACGAAGUGCCUCCAGCCGAACAAUGA